CCCAUCACCCUCCUCCUCCUCCACAUCGCCAGCCAGCAGCCACCGAGUCCAACCAACGAACGGAGGAGCGAGCUCCACCCUCGGACGAGUAAUGGCGAUCAAGAAGGGAGGCGCGGCGGGGCUGAAGCAGAUCCUGAAGCGGUGCUCGAGCCUGGGUCGGCGGCAGCAGCAGCAGGGCCACGGGCAGGAGCAGCGGCACUGGGAGGAGGAGGAGGAGGCGGCGCCGUCGGACGUGCCGCGGGGCCACUUCGCGGUGUACGUGGGCGAGUCGCGGCGGCGGUUCGUGGUGCCCAUCGCGGUGCUGGACCGGCCCGAGUUCCGCUCCCUGCUCCGCCGCGCCGAGGAGGAGUUCGGCUUCGGCGGCGCCGGGGACCUGCUCGUGCUCCCCUGCGAGGAGCUCGCCUUCCGCUCCCUCUGCUCCGCCUCCUCCCUCCCCUGCGCCGCCGCCCGCUGAGGCCCCGACCUUCCAUUUGUUCGGUCCGUCGGUCCGGCCUGGCGCCAUUGCCAGGCGGGCCGACGGCCGGCGAGGUGCAGUGCAGUGUGUAAAUACGGAUCCAUGCAUCGAUUCGACGCGGCGCAUGCGCGUAUUAGCGCGCGCCCUUGGAGCCACCAUUGAUUUGAUUGCCGUGUGUGGGCUGGAAGAAGAUGGAGGAAGACGAAGAGGAGAUCUUUGGAGAGAGAGGGAGAGAUUUUUAGAGCUAGUGACGGGUUUAAUUACCGGCCGGUGUGUGAGUUAAUUUGCGUGUACGUUGUUUGUGACGUGUUGGAGUCCUUUAGCCCUCAGCCUUCUCCAACAGUGGAGGAGAGCUUAAUGAGGCGAGGCGAACCGUCAUUACACCCCCUUUUUCACUCUGUACAUGCAAGUUAAGAUGUGUUUGGCCGGCUAAGCUAGCUAGCUCUAGCGAACGAGGUAAUGUGUGCGUGCAUGUUUCUUCUCCUCCCCUGGGUUCGGAAAUAAACAAUGGUGGUUAUUCUCA